AUGGACGUCCGAGCGGAGCUGAACGCUAUUGAGUUGUUGUCGAAUGACGACGCUAAGCUGCCCAGCCAACUGCGAAACUCGAGCGAAGUAGCUGAGGGCCCGCUGAUGUCGCGAGUGAACUCGGGCGCGGUCUGCAUGCCCCCAAUCGCGUUCUCGCUCUUCCUCUCCCUAUCCGCUGCCGCGGUCGCCGUCCUCUCGGCAAUCGUCGUCUUCGCGCUGCGCCCCAUCCGCAAGUGC